UGUGGUUCUUCUGGCAAUGCGCUACGGUGCCCGUGCGUUGCUUGGUGGCGUGUUUGGCUGUGCGUGCGCACGGUACGAUAAAGCAAUUUGGAUGUCGGUUGAUUGGAAAGAGAGCGAAAUACGAGUACAAAUGAACAGGAGGAGAGGAAAAGAAAUGGGAAAAAGGUGGAAGAAGAGGCAAGGACAAAUUGUGCAUGUUUGGACGGUCAGUGGGCAGGGAGCCAUGGUGCUACAGAUCUAUUCAGUCAUGUUCCACAGACAGAUCGAGGCGCGAUGUGUUCGUGAAGGAUCAGGGUCCGGAUUGAUGCCGUGAGAGACACCAGCAAACUCGGUAGUGCGGGCCGAUCCAGGACGCCGCGAUCGAGCGAGUCAAAGUUCCAGGCACUCGAACAGACCGCUGUUUGUCACCAGCGGGACAACAGAAGUAUAUCCAUGGGUAGUGUGACCUUGCUUUACUGCGGAGACGUGCAAGCUCCCGAGUCCACACGGGUCUUCAGUACUUGGCCGUUCUUGGUCACGUCGUCGGUAGAAG